UGUGUCUCGUUCACCUGCUGCUCGCGCAACCAGGAAGAAGAGAAACUCGGUUGUAGUUUUAUUCGAGCGAAGUUUACAUUAAACUGUAUAAAACGUAAAUUAUUUCUAAAGGUGAUGGACAAAUUAAAGAAAGUUCUGAGCGGUCAAGACGGAAAUGACGACUUGAACGUGCUGCAGGCAGCUGGAGAUGCGACUACGCUGGGCUGGGGAACGCGCGUCAAGGCUUUUAUCGCCUGCUUUGUUUUUGGUGUCGUCUGUUCCAUCCUGGGAUCGUGCUUGCUCUGGGUUCCUAGAAGAGGACUGAUCCUGUUUGCCGUCUUCUACACCUUUGGCAACGUUGCCUCGCUCCUCAGCACGAUGUUCUUGAUGGGUCCGUGGAAGCAGCUGAAGAGGAUGUGUGACAAGACGAGAGCACUGGCAACGGCCGUCAUGAUCAUAUGCCUCGUGUUGACACUUUGCUCUGCAUUUUGGUGGCAGAACAAGGGCCUCGCUGUUCUCUUCUGCAUCCUCCAGUUCCUGGCUUUAACUUGGUACAGCUUGUCGUAUAUUCCGUUUGCCAGGGACGCACUGAUUAAGAUGUUCUCCAUGUGUUUCAAGUGAUGUGUAGUGGCGUGUGGAGCUCGGACCUCUCUCGCCCCACCUCUCUCUCUCUCUCUCUCUCUCUCUCUGUCUCUCUCUGAGCGCCUGAUCUCACUCUGCUGCACCCCGAGUGCCCACUGCUCGUGCACACUCGAGCGCCCACUCUACUGCCUGGUGUGCGCACGCGCGCACACACACUGCAGGUGUGUGUUUCCUCUCCUGAUGCCUGGGUGCUCUCCAGGAAUGUGUAUCAAUACACACACAUUGCCUUUUACAUGUCACUGAAGGAAUCAGACGUGACAGGUGCCUCAGGUAAAGAUUUGUGGGGGGGGAAAGGUUUCUAACAGUUGAAAAAGAUUUGAAUGAUGUGUUUUGUUUUGUUUUUAAACUCACUGAGGCUGCACAUAUUUCCACCCUUGUACACAAAGCUCAUCGCCCAGAACUUAACUAGAGUUACCACUGUCAUGAUUUCACUUUCAAGCUCACUUGGACAUUCGGCUGAAAGUUCCAACUCCUGAUAUAUCAACAUGCAAAAUCCUCAGAUUCUCCUAAAGGUUUACGAAGAGGUGGAAGGGCAUUGGGGGCGUGUCUUUAAAUGACUGAUAGAGGCUGAAUUAAAUAGUCAUUCCAGACCAGAAGGCAGGUUUCUGGAUUGAGGGUUUUGUUGUUGUUGUUGUUGUUUUUAAACCAACUAAUUUAUUCUGAGAAAGUGGCUUAAACUAUUUUUUUUAAAUAAUUUCUACAUAAUUUUCAUUAUUCUCCUUUUGUUCUAGGAAGAAAUGACAAAUAUUGACUAUUGCACUUUUAAUUAGUGACGUUCAGUCAAAAAUGGCACUUGUGUGCGUCGAUGAGAUGCCUUUAUAAUUUCAUAUUUUAUAUGAGAGAAUAUUUUUAUAAAUAGGGGAAAGUUUGCUGUAAAGGUGCUUUUUGGAACCAGCCGCAUGUCGGCUAGUCAUCCUGAAAUAAUUUCUGCCUUUUUUUUUUUGGUCAUUACAUUUUAAUUUUGAUAAAUUUGAUCUCAAAUAUCCAGAUUUAACAUUCUCAGCGUUUCAGUGGUUAGGAUGUAGCUUUUUGAGAUUUUUUUUUCUCCUGUUAUUAUUGUUACCAAAGAUCUGUCAUCAUUGUUAUUUACCAUUUCUUGGUGUCCUACAUUUCCACAAAGCUUUUUUUUUUUUUUUAAAUAAAAAUACUGCUGGUCGUUCCAGGCCAUGAUGAUGUGUUUGAGUUUGAGGUUAUCCUAAGAUGCAUCAGUCAGAAUUUCUUAUAUGCUUCUUUUACAUGAAACACGAAAAAUGGCUGAGACUUAAAAACAAACAACAAUAACCCAGACCUGUGUUUUAAAAGGUUAUAAUGGCUGUUUGAAAUGAAAGAUGUAUUCCAAUUUCAAAGGAUAAUUCUGUAGUUUCCUUCGCAGUGUGUGAGUUUUCAAGCUGAACAGCUGCAGGAAUACUUGAUAAUCAUCCAGGAAGAGAUUUCUAGUUUUCUUAUUUGUGUUUUAUGAGUUAUCUUGUUGUUGAGGUUUGUCAUGUCUUUUUAGUAACGUCGCCUAUUUUUGUAAUUCUUUCAAAAUCUUUGACAUUUCUGGUAUGAUGAAUGUCUUCACUGGUUUCAGCAAGGUGUCUUGUGCAGCAUCACUUUGCAUCAUGUUGUUGUUUAGAUGUUACUGUAUAUCCUACUGAUGAUGAGCUUCUGUGCUGUGUAAUGCGUAAUUGCAGCCUUUAUGAACAAAUGUAAUUAAAAUCUUAUUUAAGGCUG